AUGGGUCCUAAGCCUCUUGAUCCUCUAGAGCUUCCUGAGGUCUGCAGGAUUGGUGGGUCUGUUGAGAUGGUUUCUUGGGGUUUGGAUUUGGGUUGGUUUGAGUCUGAUGGCGGUGGUUUGGUGGAGUUGAUGCUGUCUCCUGAAGCUCUUUUUCGAGCUGCCAUGGCGGAAGAGUACAUGCGGCUGAGAGCUGCAAGUAAGACAUGCAAAGGCCACGCGCCGCAUGGCCCUUGUCUCCGCCCUCCCUCUGACGAUCACUCUCAUAAAUCAGUAAACCAUGAAGCUUUGGUGGAGAAAGUCACUGCCCACCACAAAGACUGCUACAUAGCCAAAUGGGCUGCGGUUCAUGAAGACGUCUUAGCCAGCUUUUCACCACCCUCUAGAGAAUGCUUAUCUAUGGAUAACUGGUUGGAAGCCAUCAAUGGUGUUUCGACUGGUCGACACCGUCCAGGUGACACGUUCACCCGGUGCGAGUCUCGCAAACAUUUGUCGGAGGACCAGUUGAAGAAAAUUGAAGUUUUGAGAGGGAAGAUUAGGGUUGAGGAGGAGAAGGUGGAGGGAGAGAUGGAAAGGCAACAUGUGGCGAUGACAGACAGGAGGAUGGUGGACUUGGCGAGGUUGGCAAGCCGAAUCAAGGGCGGUGACUCGGCGACGACUCAGGUGGAUGGGUUGGUGGAGGGGGCGUUGAAGGGGUUGUUGGGUGGGUUGGAGAGAGUGAUGAAAAUGGCAGAUUGUGUGAGGUUGAAGACGUUAAAGGCUGUGUUGGAGGUGUUGAGUCUGAGACAGUGUGUGGAUUUCUUGUCAGCGAAGUUGAUGCUUCAGAUUCAGUUGAGGAAAUGGGGGAAGAAGAGAGAGAAAAUUAGUUUGAAGAGUUAG